AUGUUUUGUUUGACUGCCUUGCUGCUAUUACUGCUUGUACUCUUAUUAACAGCAACCAAAAUUCAUGGAUCCAUUGCAAAUAUGGAUUAUGUACCGUUGGGCAACAAUCCAACACUGUACGAACCUGGUUAUGAUCCUAUUGUACAACUCGACUACGCUAGCUUUCAAGAUACAGUGUUCAACCAGGACCACGCAUUCGUGGUCGAAUUCUACGCCGACUGGUGUGGACACUGCCGUGCGUUCGCGCCACACUAUUUGACAUUUGCGUUAUCGGUAGAUAAGUGGGGAAAAGUUGUUACCGUGGCAGCAAUCAACUGCGCUGAUGUGGUCAACCAAAAAACGUGCAGCGAGCAGGGAAUCAUCGGCUAUCCUAUGAUUAAGUACUAUCCUCGGUACGCACGAAACCGGAUGGAUGCGGUAAAGCUUGAGCCCAAGCAGUCAUUGUCGCAAAUGAAAAGCCAGCUUACGCAAGCUGUCCGAAAUGAGUAUCAGCAAUAUCAUUAUGCCGACUGGCCCGAUUUAACACAUCUAACAGUUGACAGUGCAGUGGCGCUGAAGAAUUCAUGGUCUCGUAGGAAUGAUUCACACAAAUAUCUUGCGGUCUUAUUCGAACAGUUCGAUAUUGUGGGUGUAGAAUUUCUACUGGAUUUGUUCCCAGCACAAGAUAAAGUGCUUUCGCGAAGAGUUCUUCUACCUGCACCCGUAAUCCGGCCGUUCACCGUCACCCACUUGCCCUAUGUGCUGGUGUUUCAGCGUGGUACCGAUGCACCCAUCUACCAAAGCCCGUAUGUUUUCCACUUUUUUCCACCUUUUCUUUUUCACAUAUACGGCGCGCAUUCUUCACGAGAAAUAAUGGCAAUAACAUCGGCCCAUCGCGAGCCCCAUGAUCACCACUUUCCGAAGAUACCGCGUAUCAAGCAACACCGGCCGGUUAUACAGUGCGAAAAGUAUCAGGAAAGGUGUCGCGAGUUAUAUUACGUUUCGGAAACAGAUAUGCUGAAGGCAAUGCGAAUGGCUCUGUUUGACGAAGUGAUCAAAAGUACAGGACGCAUUAGCGAAUCAAAUUUUACGGCUCUGCUCAGCUUCGUUAGCAUGCUUGCCGAUGUGACUGUUUUUUGAUG